AUGUCGCGGCCUUCAUCCACCUCAACCUACUCAGCAUCGAAUGCCUUCCCCAAGCAGGCUGGCGCCACUACCCUCCUCUCGCCCGAGUCAAACGACGUGCAGGCACUCACAUCGUCAUCGCAGCUUUCUUUCACAUCGUCGCCGCGAUCAGUCUUAGAAACACCUGCAUUCGACGAUUCAAGAUUACGGCCUGCCACUUCCGCCGGUGCCAACAUUGCACGACCUUACUCCCGCCAACGAGCCCAGUACUACGAGGAACAGUUCUCCUACAAGGAGGGUACUACAUCGAAUGCUCGCGACCGCGUAACAAAAGAUGCACCCAUUGUUGCAGAGUUGAGGACGAAUGUAAUCAUCAAGGAUGAGUACACCCUUGUCACCGACCUCUCACAUCAUCUCUCGACCCGUUAUCAGAAGCCCGAGACAUCGAUUAUGAUAACAGUCAACCACUCAGCGUGUCUGUUGCUCGGCGGUUCUUUCGAGCCUACCUACAUUCUUACCAUCAACGCACUGCCCGUGCAGCUGCAGCCAACACUCAACAAGCGCAAUGCUGCCAUGAUCCAGAACUUCAUGACCGAGUCAAUUGGUGUACCAAUUGAUCGCGGCAUCGUUAAGUUUGUUGCCAUCCAGGAGGAGGCAUUCGCGAUGAACGGCAUGACCAUCCUGGGCGAGAUCGAGAACCUCGAGCGGACUCAGGCUGAGGAGACAGGCAUGAAGCGGGCUAUAACCAAGAGCUCCCGCCGAUCUGGUGUCUCCAAGGCAAAGAGUAGCAUCACGCUUUCUCGCAAGACUUCCAAGGCUAACACCAAAGGAAGAACAGUCACCCCUCCGCUUCCUAGCCCUAGUCCACUCGAUUCCGGAAUAGCUGUCAAUGAGAAGGGCCUCCAGGAGAACCCUUCCGCGCAGCCUGCGAGCAAAAGCAUCAACCACAAGCAAUCCGAGCCGGUUAUGUCCAAGUUCAGCAGGAAGCCCACCACCAACCUCGUCCCACCACCCAUUCCUGAGAGCAAGACAGCAAAGCACUCUAUGCCUAAGCGCAAGAGUCUACUAAACAUUUUCCGCCGCUGA